UUUAAUUAAUUAUAAAAUAAUUAUAUAAAUUUUAUGAUAUUUUAAAAUACAGUUACCAAAUAACAAAAUACAUUUUGUCGAAAGCUUUAUCAACAAAAACUCUAUUUUUAGAGGCCGGACUUAUAAAACUAUACUACCAAUAGCAAUCUUUAAUAGAAUUUUAUAUAUUAUGUUACUAAUAUUAGUAAGAUUUACUACAGAAACAUCCAUCACCAAAUAUGUGCAUGAGAUGUGUCAGCAAACUAAAUUCAUGCUAAAUUGUCAAGAAGUUAAAUUUGGGCUAAAUUAUCAGAAAAGAAAGAAAGAAAGAAAGAAAAAAAAAAAAACUAAAUUUGAACUGGAUCGUUAAGGCGUGCGGGGAGAAUGCGACUAUUGCUGGCAUGGUCUCGUCCAACGGUCCAAGCAAGCCGGAAGUGCAGUGAGCGCAGGCGGCCACUUCCACCAUCACAGACAAUGAGCGCAGGCGGCGACCAGAAUGCCGCCAUCUCAACCGCUCUCCUCUUCCUAGCCGACACCAUCACCUGCAUGCCUCACCUGAAGCGCAUCCACGCCCGCCUGAUUCGCCACUUCCACCACCUCCCCACCGCCACCACCCAUCUCAUCCUCGCCAAACUCCUCCUAUUCGCCGCUGUCUCCCCCUCCGGCAAUCUCCACUACGCUUCCCUCCUCUUCUCCAACCACCUCCGCCACCUCACCGCCGGCGCCUUCUUCUACAACACCCUCAUCCGCGGCUACGCCAACUCCCGCUCCCCCUCCCUCUCCCUCUCCCUCUUCAUCUUCAUGCGCCGCCUUUCUGUCCCCCCCGACCCCUUCUCCUUCACCUUCCUCCUCAAAGCCCGCGCCCGCUGCCGAUCCUCCUCCUCCGCCGCCGCCGACGAAAUCCACGGCCAGGCAAUCAAAUUCGGGUGCCUCGGCUCCCACCCGGCCCACGUCCACGUCCACAACGCCCUCGUCCACCUCUACGCCUCCCGCGCCGCCCCCGCCGCGUCCCGCCAGGUCUUCGACGAGAUGCCCGCCCCGGAUGUCGUCUCCUGGUCCGGCCUCCUCACCACCCACCUCCGGGCGCGCGACCCCGACGCGGCGCGGCGCGUGUUCGACUCGAUGCCGCGCCGCGACGUGGUCUCCUGGACGGCCAUGAUCUCCGGGUACACGCAGGCGCGGCGGCCCCGGGACGCGCUGGAGCUCUUCCGGGCAAUGCCUGUGGCUCCCGACGAGGUGACCAUGAUCGGCGUGAUCUCGGCCUGCGCGGCCCUCGGGGACCUGGAGGCCGGCGAGCGCGUCCACUUCUACAUCGAGGAGCGCGGGUUCGGGUGGAUGGUGUCCCUCCGGAACGCCCUCGUUGACAUGUUCUCGAAGUGCGGCUGCCUCCACAAGGCGCGCCAGCUGUUCGACGAAACGACUACGAAGAGCCUGAUCUCCUGGAAUUCCAUGAUCUCGGCCUACACUGCCCACGGGGACGCCGACAGUGCCUCCGCACUGUUCAAUCAAAUGGUGGAGUGUGGCGAAGGGGUGAGGCCUGACGGUGUCACGGUCCUGUCAGUGCUGAGUGCAUGCGCUCACAAGGGCCGGGUGGAGGAGGGGCGCAGGGUGUUCGAGGCACUGAGGCGGGGGGAUUACGCCGGGGUGGAGGCCGGGGUGGAGCACUACGGAUGCAUGGUGGACUUGCUGGGCCGGGCAGGGCUGCUAAAGGAGGCAUAUCGUCUGAUUGAAACCAUGCCAAUUCCGAGCAACGACAUGGUCUGGGGAGCAUUGCUGGGUGCCUGCAGGAUCCAUGGGGAUGUGGAGAUGGGGGAACGGGCCGUGGAGAAGCUGAUGGAGCUGAAGCCAAAUGAAGGUGGGUACUACAUUCUGCUUAGCAGCAUUUAUGCUGCUGCUGGUCGACCGGCAGACGCUGCGGAGAUUAGGCACACCAUGAAGGAGAAGGGGGCCAGGAAAACACCGGGCUGCAGCAGCUGGGCAGAAGCAUAGCCGCUGCCAUAAGCUGUUGAAAAGCUGUCUUCUUCUCCACUGGCAAAUUGUUGGGAAAGCAGCUGCGGUGUGCCCUCGGUUGCAAAACUCACCAGAGGUGACCAACAGCCACAGUUAGGAAGCCACAAAGCUCAAAGCUCACGAAAACCAUGCCUACGGAUUGUUGGUCGCAGAAGAAAAUGGAGGGGAUGUCAGAAUUGAUGCCUGUAAAUGGAGUCCCCUAUGAAUCUUUGAAGGAAAAAUCAGCCUUUUAAGGGCAUCACAGGUUGGUUGAUAGACUUGCAGCAGCUUUCAAGUUGAACCAUGGGGCAUUGCAUAUGUUGCUGCUGGAUGGCUGGAAAUGAAAGAACACUUCUACAAGGGUAUCGUUAUUAUCAGAUUCGUUCUACAUGAAACCCUAUCAAGGAGGCCUGUACAUAUUUUGCUUGCAAGCUACAAGCAGCAAAGUCAAGUCACUCGACUAGGUUGGUUGCAUCUUGUCAUGCAGACGGAUGCUUGUCUUGCCACCUUUAAAUGAAGUGUGUAGCAGGAGAAUGAUUGCAGCAUUUUUUUUAUUUCAUAAAAUGAUCACAAAAUUUAUUUC